GCGCAUGAUAGCAUAAGAGCAGUAGGCAGAGAAAGAGUCAGCCAGCAAACAAGGCUUUCUGUUUCCAUGUAGUGCUUGUGCUUCAUUCAGAAAAAGAGAGGGGGCAGUCAAAUGGGAGUUUUCUUUCUUCCAAUGAAACCCAGUAAUGAAGCAGAGCCGAUGGUACCUGCAGACAGGGAGGCAGCAGAGCAAGCGUGAAGAUGAAGAAAGUAGAAUCAGCUGAAAAGAGUGCCUGAGGUAAACAGCCCUGACACUCCAAUACUUACAUGCUGCAGGAAAUUCAUCUGUACCGCUCAAAGAGAUAAAACUGAUGUCAGCUUUGGUCCAGAGCUGCUACUGCUUCCGUCGCCACUUCUCCUGCGAUAAUUUGCUUUUAUCUGUGAGACACCUGAUCCGACUUGGCUGGAGAUCCACAGAGCUGAAUUCUAAAUACAGACUCCUGACUGGAGGACACACCAUGCUGCUGCACUGAGCCAGAGGGAGAGAGAAGAGAGGACCCCGCGACGCCAGAGCUGCACCUUGAAGGCUAAGACCUGCUAUGGACUGUACUUCGCCCCCUGCUGCAGCACAGCCCAGUACACUACCUUAGUGGGUUCCCCUCAUCUUCCUGUGUGUGGUUCCCAUCUAGACUCACUGUAUUGAGUCCAGAACAGAUCUGGUACCACCUACAGCCACUCCUGGGUUCUCCACCCAACCCCCUCCCCGACUCCCACCCUCUCCCCCUCCCCUAAGAAGAUGUCAGUGAGCCUGACAACAGACAUCCAGCAGGAGGGAGAGAGUGGUCCACUCAUCGAGCCCGGUGGUCGAGGCAAGACAUCCCCUCAACCACAGGGUAUCAAGGAAGGGACAGGAGAGGGCCUAGAGCCGGAGGAGAGCUCCCAACAGGAUGCACAGAAACGAGCUCCUAAUCAUAGCCAUGGCAGGAAACGGGCCAAGUCUAAUGCCAAGCUGAAGCUGGUACGGAGUCUGGCAGUGUGUGAGGAGUCCUCUGGUCCGUUCCCCAAUGAUGGACUUCCAGAAUCGGAUAUCAUCCAGCUUCACAUCAGCUGUCCAUCAGACAAGGAAGAGGAGAAGUCUUCCAAGGACGAGUAUGAAAAUGAAGAGAAGGAGAAGAAGGACAAGACUCCGCGGAAGAUGUUGUCACGUGACUCCAGUCAGGAAUACACUGACUCCACGGGCAUCGAUGUUCACGAGUUUCUGGUCAACACACUGAAGAACAAUCCCAGGGAUCGAAUGAUGCUGCUCAAACUAGAACAAGAUAUCCUGGAGUUCAUUAAUGACGACAAUAACCAGUAUAAGAAGUUUCCUCAGAUGACUUCUUAUCACCGUAUGCUGCUGCACCGUGUGGCCGCCUACUUCGGCAUGGACCACAACGUGGAUCAGACAGGCAAAGCUGUCAUCAUCAACAAAACUGGCAACACGCGCAUCCCAGAACAAAGGUUCUCUGAACACAUCAAGGAUGAACGUAACGUGGACUUCCAGAAGAAAUUCAUCCUCAAGAGAGAUGAUGCUAGUAUGGAUAAAGACGAUAAUCAGAUCCGUGUGCCGUUGCAGGAUGGGCGACGAAGCAAGUCCAUUGAAGAGCGAGAGGAAGAGUAUCAGAGGGUACGAGACAGGAUCUUUGCCCGGGAAGUGUCCUUUUUUCUACAGUCAUCUCAAAAUGGAUACAUCAAUGACAACAGACUUUCCACUGAGGGCUACUGCUCUAGUUCUCAAAAGAGGAGGCAGAUCUUUAGAGGGAACCGCGAGAGCUCCAGCCGGGCGUCUAGCAGUCGUCAAAGCAGUACAGACAGUGACAUGAAGUGCCUGGAGCCACGGCCCUGGAGCAGCACUGACUCAGACAGCUCCAACCGCACCCUCCGGCCGCCCGUCACCAAGGCUAGCAGCUUCUCUGGCAUCUCUAUUCUGACCAGAGGGGAUAGCCUUGGCAGCAACAAAGGCUCACAAGGAAGCUGCAAAGGCUCUCGCUCUGACCUGUUUCCUGAUGUGUGUCCUCCACCUGCAGCUUCCCAGUCCAGCCGUAGCCUACUCCCCUGCCCGACACAACAGCCACAACCACAGGCUCCGCCUCAAACUGCCCUGCUGCCCACUCCACAGCAACACCCCAUGGGCAACCACAUGAUCGCUCAGCCGGUGGCGUCUCUGCAGCCCUCUCAGCCUGUCUCCUACUCCAGCCCUUCCUGCCCCCAGGUUCUCCUGCCAGUUUCUCCUCCCCAGCAGUACACAAUGGGAGAAGAGCUGCCGCCCCAGUUUAGCCAGAUGACGCUGAGCCGGCAGGGCUCGAGUGAGAACCCUGAGCCGCCCCCAAUGUAUCAAGCUCCUCCCACGGUGUUGUCCCAACACCCUCCGCCUCAGACCAGCUACAUCAUGGCUACUACAGGCCAGCCUAUGCCGCCUCCAUCUGGUUACCAGCCUGCCACUGGACACCCCCAUCCUCCACCUCCACCACCUCCUCCAUCCCAGCCAGUCAUGCAGGCCCCGCCGCCCCCACAAGGCUACAUGCAGCCACCUCCUCCACAACAGAUACAGGUGUCAUAUUACCCUCCUGGUCAAUAUCCCAGCUCAGGCCAGCAGUACCGUGUGCCCCAGACCAUCUCCCACCAGGUGUCUUAUCCUGCCCAGCGCACACAACCCAUGCCUCAGCCCACACAGCAGUCAGGUCUCCAGACCAUGAUGCCCAGCCAGCAGUCGAGCUACCAGGGCAUGAUGGGUGUGCAGCAGCCUCAAAACCCCGGUCUACUCAAUUCGCAGAGGGCAGGCAUGGGAGGACAAAUGCAAAGCAUAAUGGUUCAGUACCCACAGAUGCCAUCAUAUCAGGUACCGGUGGGAAAUGAGAACCAGCAGGUGGUACAGCAGCAGUACCAGCAGCAAGUGAUGGUGCCAGUCAGCCAGUCUGUCCAAGGGCCCAUGCCUGUCUACUACAGUGUUAUCACACCCACUCAGCAGAAUAGCACAAGCCCCUCUGUAGGUUACCUGCAGGCCCCCAGCUCCGAGCAGUAUCAGAUCACACAGUCGCCGUCCCCGUGCAACCCUCCACAGCUGCAGCAGCAAUAUUCAGGAGUACCACCUCCUGGACCUGGGGUGAUGGUCAUGCAGCUUAGUGUCCCAAAUGGACCUCAGCCCUCCCAGAACCCCCCUCUAGUCCAGUGGAACCCCUGCAAGUACUACAGCAUAGAGCAAAGACCCAGCAAGCCAGGAGAGCUUUACAAACCUGACAACACUCCACAGGCCAGCACCCAGCUGACGAGUCCCCUGGCCUCCCCCACCCAGUCUCCCACCCCGUCUCCCUCCGGUAGCGUCAGCAGUGUCUGUCCAGGCCUGGGACCAUUACCCCUCAUUUCCCAGUUUCCUCGGCCAGGAGGACCCGCUCAAGGUGACGGGCGUUACUCCCUGCUGGGGCAGCCUCUACAGUACAGCCUGUGUCCUCCCCUCAUGCACGGCCAGUCCUCCUACAGCUCCCAUCAGGGCCAAGGAGUAAUGAAACAUGGGGCACGAGGGAAGAAACAAACACUCAAAUCAGCAUCAACAGAUCUGGGCACCACUGAUGUUGUGGUGAGUCGGGUACUCGAGGUCACAGACCUUCCAGAGGGGAUUUCUCGUCCAGAGGCUGAGAAGCUCUUCAACCAGCUUUCAAUGUGCGGUGCCAAGAUCCAGUGGCUGAAGGAGCCCCAGGGAGGCCGAGGGGGAACGGGAGGCUGUGGCCCCUGUCCUGUUGCGGGGCCUCCUGGACCAGGAGCCACCACCGGGCCUGGGGCCUGCGCGGGAGCAAAGGGGGAUGGCAGUGAUCCGGCUCACCUGUACACAGUAGUGGCAGUGUUCCCCAGCACCAUGGCUGCACAGAGUGCUUCCUUCAAACUUAACAACAGCGGGGCCAGCCUCUUCAAACUGAGGGCCGCCAAAAAGAACUAUGACCUGCGUGUGCUGGAGAGAGCCAGCUCUCAGUGAAAGGAAAAGAGAGGGGUAGGAAACUAAGAAAGUCAAAGAGACAGAAAGAAAGACUCUUGGUAGAGUGGUGGAAAAGGAAGGAGGACUGAGGGGGACUGCUCUUAGUGUACAAUUCAAAAACAAAACAGAAAAAAACUUGAGUUAAAUGAUGUGUCAAAUGUAUAAAAGGGAAGAAGGUGUGAAUCAUAAGGUGGCUGGUGUUUGGUUGCAAAUAUGAUUUUGUUGUUUGUUUUUUAUUCAUUGUUUUGUAUUUAUAUAGCAGAAGAGCACACAAGACACGCAAGCAUGUGUUUCACUGUUGCAGUGGAAUGUGUGCUGCCAUUAAAAACACAUGCAAUGACACACACACACACACGAACCAGGACACAACAAACACACACAAAUGCAGGCAACAGGGUCACGUAGCACAUAACAAAAACACACUGGACAGUCGACCUCAGUCAAACCUUUUCCUCCUCUUCCUUCUCCCUUCGCUCUCCGACCCUUCCUCCUUUUUCCUCCUCUUUCUGCCAACACGUCCUCUCCUUUCUCAGCUCUCCAUCACCCAGGCGUCUCUUAAUCUCACCUAUUUAUAAAUUUUCAUACGCACAGUUGCGCAAUCUCUCUGCUUACCCCAACUGCCCCCCUCCCCUCUUUUCUUGCCAUAUCUCAUGCUGCCUCCUAUCUCCCUACGCUCCUCCGUCCCGCUCAUCGGCUCUCUCACUGCUCUCUCCUCUCUUGCUUUCUGUUUGCCUUACUGCUGUUGUGGGUUUCUGUAUUGCGCUUUUUUUUUUCUCAGAAGUUUUUUUUGUUUUUUUGUUUUUUGGGAUUCAAUAUAUUUAUAUAAGUGAUGUAAGGAAUAAAAGAAAUCUAUAUAUUCAGUGAUUUUUUUCUUUCUUUCCCCCUGAGUGAAAAAAGUUUCGGCCUUCCUUUCUCCUUGACUCCUUCCCUCUUUAUCCUCCUCGCCCUCUUCCUGACAUUUGUUUCCUCCUUACUACCCUCUACCUCACUUCUUUGGUCCUCUCCUCUCUCCCACAACUGACCCCUCCCCACCCCCAACCACUCCACCCUGACGCCCCAUUGUGUUUGCGUUUUUUUGUUGACAGCUGUGCAGAACGUAUCAGAAGAAGUAGUAAAGUGCACAAUGAUUGCAUAUGUCUACUGUAAAUUUUAUUUAAUCUGUUAUUUUUUGUUUGUUUUUAAAAAUAUAAAAGUCGAGAAAAAUCUAUCA